AUGUGCGAAGUGAUGUUAAGUGUGGUUUUCUUGCCUGUCACGGUCAUCAGCGAAAUCCAGGGUAACAUCAAGCAAGCACAGAGAAACCCAUCUGAGGAGCUCAAAGUCGUCUUCACGAAGGGAUACGAUAUCACUCUCAGGCAUAUACACCGCGGCGGAGGAUUUUUCACUACCGCUAUUGGAUAUUGCCCGCCCCGCAAAAAAUUCUAUGAGAAGCUCGCAGCCAACCCAGGUGGAGAGCCAUCCUCGCAGGAGACGCUCGACAAGGCGCUCAACGAUUGGCUCUCUGCCCUGGAUAUCAUUAUCUCGAGAAUGGACGCGUGCUACAUGAAGGGGAAGCAUGGAGAUGUCGAUUUCCUUGCGGAGUCUGUUAUUCUGGCAAUUCGUGCGAUCUCCAGGACAGGAUAUAGCGCGGAUAUCGUGAUUGAACUCAUUCAUCUACCUGCCAGAGCGAUCCGGUCACUUAUUAUAUCCGCUGCGACUGUUCUCAUCGUCCAAUCCAUCGAGCGCAUAGGUGUUGCGUGGACGGACAUCAUCGCUGCUCUCCUUGAGUCGGAAGAUAACGUGUAG